AACGUGGAAGUGAGGUGGACGUGUAAACAUUGCAGAUACUCUUGUCACAAUUUGUUUUAAUGUGAAAUUUAUUCUUAAUUAUCGUGGGCGCGAGUAUGUUAUUCGGUAGUUAUCUGGCUAAUUCACAUAAUGCACAAGCAUGCGAGCAUGGGGUGUUGCAGCUGAUGGCUUAAGUUAGCAACUACUAAAUACCAACGUUUGUAUUGGGGCACCGACAGUAUGCUCAAGAAGUCGUUUGUUUUCCCCAAACCUGCUUUAAGGCCAGAAGUACAAGCACAUCUGAGGAACAUCUUUACAAACAAAGAGCUGGUGGCAGCAGUGGGCCAUGAGGAGGCUGAGUCUCGGUUUGAUGAGCUGCUCUGCCACCUGUCCCACCCCCCCUCCUUCACCUGUGUGCGGGUCAGCACCCAUGUGGAACCUGCGGACGCCAUCAGGGAGCGGCUGCGGGCGGAGCUCAGACAGAUGAGCUGCUACAAUGGUGGGGACAUUCCCAUACUUUCUCACUCACAAGUUCCAGAUGUUUUGCUCCUUCCUGUCAUUGGGCCCAGGCCCGCCCUGCCGGAGAGCCCUGAGGUCAUCGUGGGCGCUCAGUGUGGGAACGCAGUCCUGCGCGGGGCCCACGUCUUCGCUCCCGGGAUCCUGUCGGCCCCCAAGCACAUGAAGGCUGGUGACAGGGUGUCCGUCUUCUCCGACGUUGAGGGGAGGUGCACGCGAGGAGCCAAGGACUUCCAGGGGAAGAAGGUGUUUGUGGGAAACGGGGUCGCCGAAAUGGGUCGCGCCGACAUCUUCUGCUCCGAUGAACCCGUCAGGGGCGUUGGCAUCCGGAUGGUGGAUCCGGUCUAUCUCAGCCCCUCCUUUGACGAUCUUCUCCCCAGCCUUGUGUUCCUGCAGAACCUGCCGUCGGUGGUGGUGAGCCACGUCCUGGGGCCGCGCCCGGGGGAAAGGGUCCUGGACAUGUGCGCGGCGCCCGGGGGGAAGACCACGCACAUCGGCGCUCUGAUGAAGGGCGAGGGAGAAGUAGUCGCUCUGGACAAGAUCAGUGCCAAGGUAGAGCGUAUCCGCCAGAACGCUCAGAUCUUACAGCUGGACUGCAUCAAGGCCUACUGUUUCAACAGCACCCAGGCUGUGCGUACUGAGCAUGCCCAGUUGUCAGACGCAGUCGCAGAUGGUCCCCCCUUUCCUGAGGAGAGCUUCGACAGGGUGCUGCUGGACGCCCCGUGCAGCGGUUUGGGACAGCGUCCCAACAUGGGCUGCUCCUGGAGCCUGCGGGAGAUACGGUCCUACCAACCACUACAGCGCAAGCUCUUCCACACGGCAGUGCGGUUGCUGAAGAGAGGGGGUGUGCUGGUGUACAGCACCUGCACCGUGACUCUGGCAGAGAAUGAGGAACAGGUGGCCUGGGCAUUGGACACAUUCCCCUGCCUCACACUGCAGCCACAGGAGCCUCACAUCGGAGGACAGGGAAUGCUGGGAGCGGGGCUGUCACAUGACCAGCUGAGGCUCCUCCAGAGGUUCAGUCCCGUGCGGGAGAUGAGCGGGGCGCCCGGGGACCCGGACCCGGGCCCCGAACCCGCCGCCCUCCCCCUGGAGCCGGCCCGCCUCCUCCAGCGGGCCAACACCGACACCAUCGGAUUCUUCAUCGCCAAGUUCGCCAAGACCUGACUGUUUACGGCGCUCACCUCCGCAGUCACGGGCCUUCCUGCGCAACGCGCCUUAUUUAGGGACGAGCGAGAGAGAGCGAGAGAGAGAGAGAGAGGGGCGAACGCAGUUCUUCUGCCGUUGCCAUAACAACAGUGACGACACAGCUGCCAUGGCGACGGCAGACUUGCUGGAUCUUUGGACGCACAUGGGGAAGUAGCGUGCUGAAAGAGGUCACGAGAGGUAUUAACAAUUUACUGCUCGAAUUGGCCCGCUCUCCCGCGCUUGGAAAAAACAGCACCGUGCCUGUUUACCAAGGAAAAAGCAGCUUUUCACUGCCUUGGAAUUAUUGAUGACUUACAUGCUUGUCUACACAUGUAUGUGUUUUGCCGAUACUCUCUGGACAUACAUUGUUUAUGUCGUCCGGUGUUUUUAUUCUAAAUAAAACUUUUACACUUUCAACACGAAA